UGCCUUAUACUUCGCUAGUUCUAUUUUUGGAAAACGAAAGUUCGAACAUUCACUGAAGGGAAGAUUUCAGAGAACAUGAGAACAGAAGUGCAUACACACGUGUAUACGAAUGUAUUAGAUGAAUACCCGGACCAAACCAAUCGUUGUUAAAUACUUGGAGAUCAAUGGCCGUAACGAGCUUUAUAUCGUUAUUAUGGCGAGGCCCAUGGUUUGUUGGCAGUUGGGCAUUUCUCAUCAUAAGGAAUGAAUUCGGGCGGCUGUUUGGAAGAGAUCCGUAUACACAAAGUAAAGAAUUACAGAUGCGGGUAGACGAUUCAACAAAGGAGGUCGACAAUUUAAGAAUGAAGAUCGAUGACCUUGAAGAGGAAAACGAAAAUUUACGCAAUAAGCUCGACGACUUCUACAAACGUAGUGCACAGAUGAUGGAAGAGAGUGGGUCGCUUGAAAAUGCAAACGACGAACUCUCAAACACCCGACUGGCGGAACGCUUUGAUGUUGCUCUGAAGGAGCAAUGGUUACAAUUAUGUGAAGCACUUGGAGAGACCUUAAGCGAAAUUCAGUAUCUAACACAUCUGUCUGAAGUUAUGCAGUCAGUUUUCAAGCAUUGUAUGCAGAAUGUUGAAGAAACAGAGAGACAUCUGUUACAGAUUGCCAAAUAUGCAAAUGAAGACCAAGAGGAGGUGCGCCACAAUCUACGAGUUCUUCGAAAGCCACUAGGCCAGAAGCAGAGUACACGUGACUGCGUAGUUAAGGUUAUAGUCGAUAGAGUCAAACAAGAUGACAGGGUGAAAGAUAUAUUAACCGAGCACACUUUUCCUGACGUCAUGAUCAAAACAAUUGUCGCAUUUAUAAAUGAUUUGGCGGACGUUUGCUGGCUGUUGUGUAUUGCUAACCCACCUUUAAAACUGAACUUUGAUAUAAAAGGAGUGGAUUUCAAAUCUGUCAGCAAUCGUUUUGUUGAAUUCGCUUCCGCUGGAGACAUCACAUAUUCUGAUUGCAAACCUGGUGCAGUCUAUCUUGUAGUCUGGCCGUCUGUGGAACAUGAGGGCAGCAGUGGGUUUUUAAAGAAAGGCGAAGUCAUUGUGUGUAAAUAAAAGUGAAACGAUGUGACACGAUGAACACUAAUUUGUUUUAGCUAACAUGAGACCAUGUUAUAUCAAUUUAACUUUACAACCCGACAUUAUAAAUGCUACUGUUCAUAUAGUGUACAUGCUUUGUAGUCGAAAAGUAGCAUGAGUGUUCGUUUUACUUGAAUAAAAAAUAAAUACAUUAUACAAACUU